AGAGGCCACCUCCUGUACUUCAUAUCUUGCUCAUUGCUAACCCUGUUAUGACUAGGUGUCUUUUCUCUUAUCAGUCUUUCUUCCCCCUUGAUACAACAUCCAGAGUCCAAGGCCAAACUGGUCUGCUGGAUAAUUGGGGGACUUUGCCUAUGUACACAUGUGUAUUGUAUAUGGAGGGCCUGAUUGGUGUCAGUUUUGCCCCAGCUAACACACCUGACUCCAAUAAUCACCUAAUCAUGAUCUUCACUUUAGAAUGCAUUUUGAUUUAAUCAGCUGUGUUUGUUAGGGAUGGAGAAAGUGUGACACCAAUCAGGCCCUCGAGGACUGGAGUUGCCCACCCCUGUUAUAGGCAGUAAGUGGCAGGGGAAUGCAACUACAUGGAUACCGUAGUAUGCUAAGUAGUAUGUUCUUAAUUAACACAGGAGUCUGCUGAUGGGAGGAUGGCUCAUAAUAAUGGCUGGAACGGAGCGAAUGGCAUCAAAUGCCUUGAAACCAGCUUCACGACCAUGCUGAACAACAAGCAGCUGGAGCCAGUGGCUAUACGAGGCAACAUACAGCAAGUGGCCAGUGUCCGCAACAGGAGACUGGCUCUGCAGAUGGAGAACAGGACCUCUGUGCAGGCUGCCUUGCAGCCCAAGAGCCUGAAUCAGCACCUGGGGAAGGGCAAUGUCCUGGCAGGGCUAGGUCAGCCCAUGGGGACCCUGAUGCGGGGGGCCACCAGAAGCCAAGGGUUUGCUGUAAGGGGACUGCGAGGGAUGAACCGAGGAGGUUUCAGAGUGUGCGGAAACAACAGAAGGGGCUUUUUCAGAGGUGGCUAUGCUUUCAGAGGUGUGAAUCAGAUGCGUGCCCGGGGAGGGGUGACUAAGCUUAGGUUUCGUCAGGGCUUGAGGCUGCAAGGUGGCCAGCUUAACAAUGCUGGAGUGCUGGUUAGCUGCGGAGCCAGGAAUGGACUGGGCCUGAGAGGAAGAGGCAGAGGAGCGGGUCUGGGCCUGCGUGGCCGGGGAGGGUUCUGGGGCCUAGGCAUACCUGAAAAAAUCCCCACCAAAGAGGAGCUGGACAACCAACUAGACGACUACAUGUCAAUGACCAAGAGCCACCUAGACGCAGAGCUGGAUUCCUACAUGACCAUGGCAGGCUCUGACUACAUUGAGUAAAACCCUGCUGGAAGACUGGUGUAGGCAGCAUCAACAAAUGCGCUGAGGCUGUCCAGGGGUAAUUCAUUAGUAGAACUGCCCCUCACUGGAAACAGAUGGAUGUGACAACCAGGGUCUCUGGCUUACUCAGAACUAUUGUUGGACAGCACUAUUUGUGGACAAAUAUGUGGUGGUACACACACAAGCCCAGAAGCAUGUGUUAUGUGGCUGAAUUAGAGCUCUCUAGAGUCAUACUUUAACUGUUUCACACACUUGAGCUGUUAUGUUCUUUUCAUAAUUUAUUCAUUUAUAAGCUUAGCUCUGUGCUGAGCAGGGUGGUCUAAAACCUUGCCUAAGAAAUAAGUAUGAAGGUCUGCAGGACUUGUCUAAGAAAAUAAUUAAUUGUUCAGUAAAAUCACAAGCAAGCUAACCAAUUCUCUUUGCUCAGGUACAUUAUGGGUUUGUCCAAGACACUUCACACUAUGAAUUUCAUGUGUUUGCUACAAUGUUAUGUUUCAAAACGGAGUCUUUUUUUGUCAUUAAUUUGUGAAAGACAACGGUAUGUACCUCAGCUAGCCAGGUUUGGCUGCAUUGUGGAUUUAUUUUAGCUGAGAAAUAUUGCCACCAUUUGUAGUAAGAGGACUAGUUAUCCAACCGGUUCCUGUCCGAGAAUGUUUUUUGAGAAUGAAAGAAUGGCCCAACUGUUACAAAUAUUCUUGUGUUUUGAUAUGUUCAACAUUGUUUUAAUAAAAAUAUUUAAAGGUG